GAUCUAAAUUUAUAAUUUAAAUUUUUGAUAGCACAAAUGUCGACGACUCAAGCUAGUAUAAUGAGUGAUUUCUCACAGCCAAAUGCGAAGAUGAUGGCAUCAGCCCUGUUCUUUGAGUACCUGGUGUAUCUUGUGUUUAGUAUUAUUGAUGCGUAUAAGAAGGAGAGCUCGGAGUAUGUGUUUUUGGAUGAGAAGGCUCAAGCGGAAGCGGAGAAAAAAGCAGCGGAGAAUAAGAAGAAUAAACAAGCUAAGAAGGAUAAAGAUAAGCAAGAGAAAGCAGCAAAGAAAGCAGCCCAGAAAACAGAUAAGGAUAAGAAUAAGAAAGACAAACCCAAAUAAGGAAGGAGGCGAACCUGAAUUUGACGGAGGCGAAGAAGAAAGAGGCAGAGGAGCCCAUAAUUCAAGCAAAAGUGGUGAUAGAAGAGAUAGGAGCGCACAUUCCGAUAAACCUAGGAGAAGAGGAGAGGAUAGAAAGGAUGAAGUAGAAGAAAGCCCAGAGUAUCAAGAGUGGUAUAAGAACAAUAAUAACUCGAUUUCCAAGAUUAUUGUGAACACUUUCCCGAAAUACUUCCUUUUCUUUGCAUUCUGUGUUGGGUUCACAGCGUCAAGAGCUCCAACAGGAUUUGCAGUUGGCUUAACCUACUCUAUGGUCCUUUGCAGAAUUGUCCAGGUAUACUCAUACUAUUACUACAACAAGAUUGCGAUCAUUGGAUCUAUAGUCAUAUGUGGGGUGAUAAGCAUCAUGCUGAUCUUCACAGGGCUGAUUCAUCAGUACUAAUCCAAACAAUUUUGCCAAAAUACAAUCAAAUAAAAUAUAAACUAAGGUAGCUCA